GUACCACGCACCACACCACGCACUCACCACACCACGCACACAGUCCUCGGGACUCGUUCACGAUACGCGGUGUGCAGCUCAGCUCCGCCCUGACUUUUCGAAAUAGUAAAAAAAAUAAUGAUAAAUAUAAUUAUAUAAAUGUGUUGAAGGCUCCUCGCUGUUUCCGGAUCUCGCGUGUUCCGGGUGCCGAGUUUCACUCAGCCCAGCCCGAACCGACUCGGUCCCAAACCCAAGCCAGAGGGACCAGGGACUCCCACCGGGACUCGAGAGGAGGAGGAAGAGGAGGAGGAAGAAGAAGAAGAGGAGGACUGCCAUCUUCGUCACCCUGUGAAGCUCUGCGUCGCUCUUCAUCCUCGACCCUCCUCCAUCGUCGCCCCGAGCCGCCGCCGCUGAGGCCCGACCCGCGUAGCUCUGCCGACAACAGCACGGGGACAGAAGACGACAUUUGUAUGGAGCCCGCACGCUGACGGGCAGAGAGAGAGAGAGGAGAGAGAGGAGCGAGAGGGGAAAGCAGCAGCAGCAGGGAGGGAGAAGGGAGAGAUAAGGGAGAGAGAAGGGAGGGAGGAGGCUUUGCGAGAGCGCUCUUCUCGUGAACGGAUUCCGAGGUCGGCGAGGCUGGUCGAGAGUCGGGCCGCAGAGCUCCUCGACACAUUUGUCAAGGUCCCGAGGCGAACCAUCGCUCGGCGUUCAUGUUGUAAUCGUCAAUGUUGACCAGUUAGUCUAGUGGGGACAUUCGGCGUGCAGCAGGAGUAGCGGGCGGCCCGGUCGGUGCGCUGCCCCUCGUGGUCACAGCGGAAAUCCCAGUCGGAGUGGACAAGACGCGUGCUGCUCCUUCCUUUAAACCAUCGUCACAUCUCUCGCCAGCCGCACUCGUUUCGUUAACCAGACCCCGCUCGGAUAAUUAAUAUUUCAAUUAAUAUUGGCGCUGUGUGUCGCCAGGGCGCGUUGUGGUCGCGAUUCCUUCCGCUAGCGCCAGAUGCGUGCGCGGUGCAGCACAGAGCAGGCGGCACGCUGCUGAGUGAGGAGUGUGUCAGUGUGAGUGUGUCAGAGUGUCAGUGUGAGUGUGUCAGUGUGAGUGUGUCAGAGUGUCAGUGUGAGUGUGUCAGUGUGUGUCAGUGUGUGUCAGUGUUCGUGAGUGUGUCAGUGUGUGUCAGUGGUCGUGAGUGUGUCAGUGUGAGUGUGUCAGUGGUUGUGUGUCAGUGUGAGUCAGUGUGAGUGUGUCAGUGUGUGUCAGUGUGAGUGUGUCAGUGUGAGUGUGCCAGUGGUCGUGAGUGUGUCAGUGUUCGUGAGUGGUCCCGAUUGGGUUGGGGUUUGAUUCUGUGCGUGUUGCAGUGCCGAGGUUAAUUUGCGUGAUAGCCGUUCACUGUUGUAGAGGGGUUGGUAGAUCGUGGAGGGAGGGGGUGGUGGUGUUGGCUAGCGGUGGCUGCUGCUGCAAUGGCUCGCGAAUACGACCACCUCUUCAAACUGCUCAUCAUCGGAGACAGCGGUGUGGGCAAGAGCAGCUUGCUACUACGUUUCUCAGAUAACGUAUUCUCAGGUAGUCACAUCACGACCAUCGGGGUCGACUUCAAGAUCCGGACGAUGGACGUGGGCGGGGAGCGCGUAAAGCUGCAGAUCUGGGACACGGCAGGACAGGAGCGGUUCCGCACCAUCACCUCCACGUACUACCGCGGCACGCACGGCGUGAUCGUGGUGUAUGACGUGACGAGCGCAGAGUCGUUUGUGAACGUUCAGCGCUGGCUCCAGGAGAUCACGACCAACUGCGAGGACGUCUGCCGCAUCCUCGUGGGAAACAAGGACGACGACCCGAACCGGAAGGUGGUGGAGACGCAGGACGCACGGCGCUUCGCGGAGCAGAUGGGGGUGCGACUGUACGAGACCAGCGCCAAGGACAACAUCCACGUGGAGGACAUGUUCAAGGCCAUCACGGACCUGGUGCUGCGGGCCAAGAAGGAGAACCAGGCCCGGAUGCAGCAGCGGGCGGCCAGCGACGUCGUCAAGAUCGGCCGCUCCUCGGGCCGCAGCCGGGGGAAGUGCUGCUGAGUGGUCCUCGCCGCUCACUCGGCCUACCGGGUUCAGCCUAACGUGGGGAAGGGGCAGGCAGCGGUUCAGGGGAACAACUUGGGGGUGGGGAGUCCGCAGGAGAGGUUUUGGCGGAGGGGCUGAAGGGAGCGAGCAAACGGGGAGGGGGGUGGGGAUUGGGGCAGAGAAUUGGGGCAAAGGAGGCUCUUGAAGCUCGAGAUGACGGCGCGGUGAUUUCGUGACUAAACCACAUGGCGGCAAACGAUAGGCGUGCCUUAGUUUGGCUCGAUGAGCCACCAGGCUUUCGCAGAUUGAGAAUCGUCAUUGAUCCGGCUGCCGCUAUGGGAGUGGGGGGGCGUAGGGAGGAGGUUGGAGGCCACCCGCGACUCGGCGGUGGAUUUUGGUUCUUUCCCAUCGCUCCACGAGCCGCCCCGUCCACACAUUUUCUUUUUUGUCAUCGUCGUCGUCGUUUGUAUCGGGGAUUGUCGGUCGGGGGGUUCGGGAGGCAAGUUUGCCAAAAAGAUAAAAUAAGAAUGGUAAUUUGAGAAACGUGAAAUGAGUUCAGUGACAUUUUAACCGUGAAUUUUGGAGUGCAGAACUUAACGAGACGGAGGGCACUUUGUGCGCGCCGCGCCGUUAGCCGUACUGUACAUAAUCGUUAGACGUACUGUACAUAACCGUUGCUGCGCGCAAAUUGCACUUUUCAACCGAUGCCAACUCCGCCGUACAAAUGUCCAAUUUUGUUGAGAAAAUAAAUAAAAUAAACUUUUUAUCAGCACUCAAA